GAUCAAUCAUUUAUACCACUUGAUUUACAAGCAAAGUCCAUCUAACAACGCAGACGCGACACAGAUCUCUAAUCACCAUCACAGAAUAACCAUACCACUUCUAUCUGCAACGCGAACACUCCACAUGGGCUUAUUUAGUUAAGUCUCGAGUCAUGAUCACAUGGAUGGUGUUAUACAUAACUCUGUUCCCACAUCCACCAGAGUAAACGUCACACUCCCAAACAAUCAAGCGCUCAAAGUGGAAUCAGCUCACCAAGUCAGAUAGGACCAGAUGAAAGACCACAAGGUAGAUCCAGACACUCAGGUCGAGGUUGAUACAAUUAUACUUGACUAUCUGCUGUGCACUGUCAUAAACACGUUCCUUUGCACACAAGAAAGAGAGAAGCGAUGGCACUGCAAGGAUCAGAAUACCACUUGGUUGAUCCAAACUAUCAAUACCCUGGCCCCGACGCUGAUACAUGCCGAGGCAAUGUCCCAGGACAUGCGCAUCAAGCUUCAGCUUCUCGAAUUCAUCACUACAUGCAACCAGUAUCAAUAUCAUAGCACAGCAGCAAACAAUCAACCACCACCGCAUGGAUUCGGAGAGCAGAAGGAAGGAUUUGCGCUCUCGACUGAUCGUCAAAUAUACCCACCACACUCGAAACCCCAGGCCCAGAGACCACACAUUGAUACGAGCAACGACCGUACCCAACCCACACUGGACAUCGGUCCUGCCAUCGCUUAUGCAUUCAUCUCCCUGUGCAUCGUCGCAAAUGACCAUUUGUCCGACACUAACUGGGCCGAUAUUGCAGCCCAGCUCAUGCUAAAAGCUGCGUCCGAGAAACGUGGUUCUCAUGGGAGUACAACGCCCGACAAAUUGUAUGAAUUGAUAGCCCAAGCACCAGAGACGGUUAAAAAAAGGCCUGAAUGGCAACGAGUGGCUGAUAAGUAUGAAACUUACCUACAGCCACCGCUCGGGGUUCUCUCGUCUAGGGACUUUGAAACCGCACUGAAACGCCUGCCUACGCAUCAACUUGGAACCAUAAUUAUCGAGUUCCUGUUUGAUCUCAUGAGACGCCUGAACCCCCCGGUUCUGUUACAGCUUGAGAGAGGGAAGCUCUACGGACUGAGCCGAGCGGAAACACAGGGGCUGAAAACCAAGGUUGGACUGCGAUGAUAAUACGUCUGGCAUAAAAAUUAUUACAACCAACAUAGCGCGGUUCUCACUUUGAGCGCAUGAACUACAGUUCAUAACUUAUGCCAAUAGCCGAACAAAGGUCUCAGGAGCAAUGCGAACGAAGUGUAUUGUGAAUGCCAAUG